GCGAAGUCAUUCGAUGGUUUUCCAUCCUUAAAACAAGGACCUUGUGCUGAAUAGUUGUAUAUCACCCACUAGAGCGAAAAGACAAAAGUGCUACCACUUCGAUAGCAUAAGUACCCGCUACACGAAGCAUAAUUACAUAAUGGAAAGUGAAGAAGUUUCUUACUUGGUUUGAUUAUGAUAAUUGUCAGUAGUCUAUUAGCAUACUAGAAGGGUCGACGGGAGCCAUUAAAACCGUUCUUUUAACUUAUUAAAUGCAGCAUUGUACUUUUCGAAUCAAAAUGAACUCCGUACCUGUCGGUCCAAAGCCGUGUCCGGUGGAGUGUCCAUCUUGCAAAGCGACUAUAAUCACAAAAGUGGACAAGAAAGCUACCAUAAAGACCCACUUAAUGGCAUUUUUAAUAUGUUCACUUGCGUGUGGUUUAUUUGGUUGUUCCUGCUUGCCAUACUGUAUGGAUUCCUGCCGUAAUGCUGACCACUACUGCCCCAACUGCCAGGCUUAUUUGGGUACUUAUAGACGAUAAAUUUCAUUCAACGGAAACAUUAUGCAUUGUUCUUAAAUAUCUGUUACCUUUCAUGUUACCUUUGUAUUAUAAUUACUUUUGAAUUUUUGAUAAAAGUUUUAUGGUUUACUCACAUUACUAUUCGACGAUGUUACUCGAAUAGUUUCAAGUCACGCCUGGGGUCUAUAAAUUGACAGACGCACGACGCUCAAUUUUUCUUUUAAAUUUUUGGAGAAACAUGUAUCAGCACGAAUGGGCCGUAUGGACCGGAGUGAUACCACGGCCU